UUUUCGAUGGUAUUUAAGCCACGGUGGAAAUUAAAAUUGCAUAGUUCCAAACAAGAUUAGACACUGUCAAUACCUCAUAAAAAUGGUCAAGUUUUUGAUAAUUAUGGCGACGUUAGUGGCUGCGGCUCUAGCUUACCCUGGUGGCGGUCACGACUACGAUGGCCACGAUAGUUACGGCCACAAAGGCGGCUACGGAAGCGACGGCGACGAUAGUCACGGCCACGAAGACGGCCACGGAGGUCCUGAAGGGAGCCACGGAAGCCACGGAGACGAUAGUCACGGCCACGAAGACGGCCACGGAGGUCCUGAAGACGGAAGCCACGGCGACGAUAGUCACGGCCACGAAGACGGCCACGGAGGUCCUGAAGGGAGCCACGGAAGCCACGGCGACGAUAGUCACGGCCACGAAGACGGCCACGGAGGUCUUGAAGGUAGCCACGGAAGCCACAGCAAUUUUGGUGGCCAAGGCCAACACACCCAUAAAGACGAUAGCGGAUAUGGACAUGAUCAUUAAAUUUUCUUGUUUGUGGAAUUGUGUAUGUUUGUUUAAAAAUAGUGAUAUCGAUCGACUUUUACUUCUG